AUGGAUAAUUUAUAUUACUUUGUGAUACAGAAUAAUAGUGUACAACCUAUAAUUGUAAGGCAACCAUCAGCUAUAAUUAUCCACACUCAACCCAAAUUACCAAUUACAUUAGACUUACCAUCUCAAAAUAUAAUUUUAAAAAGUGACGAACCGCAACCAAUAAUAGUUAGACAGCAAAAUCCGAAUGUCAUCAUUCAAAAGUCACAAAAUGAAUUUUAUAAUAAUCCAAAUUUGAAGAUAGGAUCACAUGAAAAAUUAAAUGAAUUUAACAUGAAUAAAACAAAUAUAAUAGAUGAAGAAAUUAAUGAAAAUAUAAAUGCAAUAAAUACCUCACAGUAUAUUGAUCACGUUGAUCCGUCAUAUAUUUAUAACAAUAAUAAUCUUGUAUAUUCGAAUAAAAAUAUUCCUACAAACAAUAUGUAUUUUAAUUAUGCUGCUUUAAAUAAUUAA